AUGUUGUGCCUCCAUCUUCCUUCAUUGAUGCCUCAGCAGUUCAGUGCCAUCGAUGUGGCCAGCUCGGUUCAAACUGCUGCGGUGACCGGAACAGGUCUGCUGUUUCAAGGGUCCAGUCAUCGGCUGUUCACGGAAUUUCUUCUGAAUGAAAUCGGAAGGCGGCCUGAUAGCGAUGUAAUGUCGGACAGAGAAUCCUACACCCUUUCCUGUGCAAUCGCCCUUGGCAUGAUCAACAUUGGAAAAGGUGACCGCAUUGGCAACGGACACCAUGCUGGUUUCGAAGGUGAAGGAUUGAGCGAUUUGCGACUUGGUGAAAGACUCUGUCGAUAUGUUAGCAGUGGUGUCGAUGAAAACGAAGAGCUACUUUGGCUUUGGGCCUUGUUUUCUGCCGGACUGGCAAUCAAAGUAUAG